AUGGCAACAAGCAGUCUCAAGCAACAGAGCAGUGGAGAGAUAAAGGCAGGGUCUCGAAACAGUUCUGUGAGUGAAUAUGAUUCUUCUGUACCACCCAUUGAUUCGUCGAAGACAAAAUUAGUUCGCCACAUACCCUCUGACAUUGACGAUGAGCUCAUUCGGACAGGGGAAUCCUUGCAACAGUCCAUGUUUGCCGGGGAGUCAACUCCAGCAAACUAUCAGAUCCCCAGAUACCCCAUUCAGGAAAAGGAGACCCGGGCGUAUUUUGAACGCAGGCUUUCUACCAGCAUUGUCCCGGGGCCAGGAGGCCACAAGUCUGGAGUGAACCCUGCCACUAUUGGCUUCCAUGAUCUGAUCACCAGUAUUGAGCCGGAGCCCAUCCAGGCUUUUCUGGACGUGGAGGAGGAGUGUGAUCAACUGCCGGACUUCCAGAGAAUUAGCAUCACUGGCGAGGACACGAGUGGGGUUCCAUUCAAAGACCUGCAGUCAGCCUCCAAGAUGUUGGUGCGUGCACUGAUGCUGCGGGAGAAGUACAUGGCUCUGAGCCAUCAAUCCUUCCCUCGUGUAACCUCCAGGUUCCUGGAGACUCUUGAAGGAAAUGAGUCUUUUGGUUCGAUAAGGAAUGCUGUUGAAAAACCGGUAACUCUUGAAGAAAACAUCAAAAUAAUGGUGUAUGACGAAGACAGUUCUUCAUCUGCUACACCAGAGCCAUCUGAAUUCACAAUGUCCUCGACCGAAGUUAUUCCCAUAGAAAACCCCAUCCAUCCGCCACCUGCGACUGGUGAUCCCUUCAAGGUAAGGUUCCUGUCCUCUGCCAACUACAUCUUCAAGUUCCACAAAGGAGUCAUGAGUGUCUAUCCAGAUCAAGAGUCAGCUGACCAGGAUAAGCCCUUUGAUUGGCCACAUUCCAACCUGGAGGAGUUUAUCAAUGACCAGAACAUGAUGUUUGCUUUGAUCAGUGAUGGGCCCUUGAAAUCCUUUUGUUACCGCCGAUUGUGCUACCUGUCCCACAAGUACCAGCUGCAUGUGAUACUCAAUGAGCUGAAGGAGUCUGCCGCACAGAGGGACGUCCCACACCGGGACUUUUACAAUGUCCACAAGGUGGACACACAUGUGCAUGCAUCAUCAGGCAUGAACCAGAAGCACCUGCUGAGGUUUAUCAAGAAGACCAUGAAGAACUCUAAAGAUGAUGUUGUCUUUAAGAACAAAGACGGCAAACUCUUGACACUUGCGGAGGUGUUCAAAUCCAUGAACCUGACCCCCUACGAUCUGAAUGUGGACAUGCUGGACGUGCAUGCGGAUCGGAACACUUUUCACAGGUUUGACAAGUUCAAUGCCAAGUACAACCCGGUUGGAGAGAGCCGGCUCCGGGAGGUGUUUAUGAAAACUGACAAUCAUAUAGAAGGUCUAUACUUCGCUAAAGUUACCAAGGAAGUCAUGGAAGACCUGGAGGAAAGCAAGUACCAAAACGCUGAGUUCAGACUGUCCAUCUAUGGCAGGUCCAUCAAUGAGUGGGACAAACUGGCCAGAUGGGCCAUCAAACAUCAGAUGUAUUCGCCCAACGUGCGCUGGAUGAUCCAGUUGCCCAGGCUUUAUGAUGUCUACUCCGCUAACAAACUGUGCGAGAGCUUCCAGGACUUUAUCACAAACAUAUUUCAGCCGUUGUUUGAGGUCACCAAUGAUCCACGGAGUCAUCCAGAGUUGCAUUCCUUUCUCAACCAUAUUUCCGGGUUCGACUCCGUGGACGACGAAUCUAAAUCAGAGCAUGUCAUGAUGAACAAAGACUCCCCCCUGCCUAGUGAUUGGACUUCUCCGGAGAAUCCCCCAUACACUUACUACCUGUACUACAUGUUUGCCAACAUUGUCGUGCUCAAUAAUUUCAGAAGAAUGCGUGGGCUGUCACAGUUUGUGUUGCGGCCUCACUGCGGCGAGGCGGGAAAUGUGACCCACCUGGUCUCAGGGUUCAUGUUGGCUGAGAGCAUUGCCCAUGGGCUGGUGCUGAGGAAGGUUCCUGUCCUGCAGUACCUGUACUACCUGUCACAGAUUGGGAUCGCCAUGUCCCCACUAAGCAACAACUCUCUUUUCCUGAACUAUCACCGCAACCCGUUGCCGGAGUACUUCAACAGAGGGCUGAAUGUCUCCUUGUCCACAGAUGAUCCUUUGCAGUUCCACUUUACAAAAGAACCUCUGAUGGAGGAGUACAGCAUUGCUGCUCAAGUGUGGAAGCUGUCCACCUGUGAUAUGUGUGAGAUUGCCCGCAACAGUGUCCUUCAGAGUGGAUUUAGUCAUGAGGUAAAAAAGCACUGGCUUGGCCUGUUCUAUCGGCUGGAAGGCACGGCUGGAAAUGAUGUUAGCAGAACAAAUGUCCCUGACAUUAGGGUGGCCUACCGGUACGACACACUUGUAGACGAGUUUAUCUGCAUCAGGCGUGGUUUCAAGGGUCCUGACUUUCUUGAUGCAUCUUCCGUUGACCCGUGA